CAACGAUUUGGCGCAUGCAAAUCUCUUUCAAAUAUUUCCCGGGAAAUCUGAGUUUCGCGGGAGGACCUUUCGCGCGUAAACCUCAUCCCCUACUUCAUUGUCCGCUUCCUGGAGCCAUUUUUCGCUCUGCUGAGAGAGAGCUCGUUCUGCUUUUUAAUCGCUUACAUCGGGCGUUUUAACAUCUAGCAAUCUCACUCAUAUUACACCAAUGUAUUCUUAAAACUGUGCUUUUUAAACAUCUGUGAAUAUUUUAAUUCCACUCUGACGGAUUUCGUAGAAAACGAACCUUAAAGCACAAGUGGGACAAAGGGAACCUGCGCCUCUAGAAAUCAUGAGAAAAGGGGGUUCCACGGUCACAGGACAAGUAAUGCUGUCGGGGUUGAGGAGUUCUCCCCGUGAGCAAAACAGUGUUUUUGGAGUUGUUUCCGACCGACGGUGUGUUUAUUCCAACGCGACUCGUCUACAAAUAAACACACCACCGUCAACUAAUAGUGCUUGUUUGCCAGAGGCUUCUGUUGACAGUUUGUACACAACUCCUCUGCAAGGACCGACUCACGGGACAGGCCUUCGACCUACAUUAGGACGACCCCCGGCUAAAAGGAGGCUUGAACUAGACAUUACAGACCAUCAAUAUAGUGAGCCAGCUAAAACUCUUAGAAGUCGCAAAGGACCUCUUAAACUGAAGGUUCCCAAAGCCCCUAAAACUCCACCGGAGAAGACUCGCUAUGACACGUCCUUGGGCUUCUUGACCAAGAAGUUUUGUCAACUGCUGGCCGAGUCCUCGGAUGGUGUGUUGGAUCUGAAUAAAGCUGCCAUUGUGCUCAAUGUUCAGAAGAGACGUCUUUAUGACAUCACCAACGUGCUGGAGGGUGUGCGUCUUAUCAAAAAGAAGUCGAAGAACAACAUCCAAUGGCUGGGUUCCAGUCUGCCAUCAGAGGACGGACUGCCGUCUCCACCGAUGUCCAGUCACAGUAUGGCCAGAGAGAUGCUGGAGCUCACUCAGGAGGAGAGACGUCUGGAUGAGCUCAUUCAAACCUGCACGCACAAUGUCCAGCAGAUGACGGAGGAGAUCCACAACAAAAAAUAUGCCUAUGUUACAUAUCAAGACGUCCGAAGAAUAAAAAGCCUAAAGGAUCAAACGGUCAUAGCGGUCAAAGCACCUUCAGAGACGAAGCUGGAAGUGCCAGACCCAAAGGAGAGUUUACAGGUGCAUCUAAGCAGCUCCAAGGGUCCCAUUGAUGUCUUCCUCUGCACGGAUGGUGGAGACUCGGGCAGUCCAAUCCACAAUGGCCUCGAUGUGAAUGGAAAUCACACAGCAUAUUUCAAAGUCUCUCAAGAAAGUCCUUCGGGUGGCACCACCGAUGGCGUCAAGAUGAACGGCAACUCCAACAGUUACGGUUAUGAUUCCUCGGCUGGCAGCGCACCCAUGUCACCCCUCAGUUCCUCCUUGUCCUCCAUCCUCCAGCAGCCGGAUGACUCCAUUCCCUUCGUGCCUCUGUCUCCUGCCCUGCUCUGCGACGAGUACAUGCUGGGUUUGGGUGAUGAGCAGGGUAUAAGUGAUCUAUUCGACUCCUGUGAUUUGGACACGCUGGCAUUGGAUGACCUGCUCAGGAUAUGAAGGUUCCCGGUGGUCAAAGAUGGAGAGCUGGUGGCAGGUCCUCACAGUUCCGGCGUUGACCUGCAGCUCAUGGCUUGCAGGUUUUUGUUAGACACCAGUCUAAUUGGCUAACAAACCUUUUUUGUCUCCCAAAGAGAUGCUUGGAGGCUGUUUUAAGGAUGGGUAGCUGUACCCAGAUAAUGCCAUUUUCAAUGUUAUUGCAGUGUGGCCGUUUGCGCUCAUUGGUGCUUGCGAUGGGCAACUAUAAUUCUUAAAGGGAUAGUUCACCUGAAAAUAAAAGUUCAGUCAUUUGUAGACCCUCAUGUCAUGUGGCUCUUCUGUGGAACACGACAUGAUAUUUUGAGAAAUGUUUCAGUGUGUCGUGUCGGUACAAUGGAAGUCAAUGGGGCCAGUGUGGUUUGGUUACCAACCACACUGGUUACCAACAUUCUUCAAAACGAUCAUGUUUUGUGUUCUGCAGAAGAAAGUCAGUCAUACAGGUUUGGAAUAGCAUUGUUUAAGUGAAGAUUGAACUAUCCCUUUAACCCCUGCCAGUAAUGCUGAAAAGUUCUUCAGAGUGAUUCUGUAUGUCUAGUCAGAUCUUUUUUUAUUGAAUAAUCCUAAUAUUAAACCAAAAGUUCUAUGGCUUAAAUUUGGGUGCUGUUACAUUUAGUUGAUGCUUUUAGCCACUACGGUUUAUCUCAGGGUACAGAUAAAAGAGUGAAAGCUUUGUGGUCAUUUUGAUGAAUUGAAGAGUACAGAAUGAGGUUUUGGACACCAUUGUCCUGAACUGUAGUCUCAUCCAUGAUACGGUCCAUGAUGAAAUGGUUGCAAAAAAAUAAUUUCUUGCAAAGAAAUGAAUCUGGCGCAUGUUUUCUCAUUCAUUUGCCACGGUACAUAUGUCCUGUAUGUAAUGAUUCUGUGUUUGGAUAAAAUGCUAAAUUUGGAAGUGACCGUAAUCUCUAUUCCCUUAAGAAUGAAUAUAUUUCAGUAUCUGAAUUGCACUGAAGACUGGAAUCUUAUGAAGCCAUCAUGCACAUGAGAUCAGAGUUUAAGACUUGGAUUUUUUCCUGAUCUGAUUAUUUUGUAGAUGGCAAACACUUAAUGGUCCCCCACUAACCAUUUGUGAUUGGCUGAGAGUUCAACCUACUUCCACAGUCCUGAGAAAUGUUUGGAAACGAGUGUCAAUUUAUCGCUUCUGUAGUGUUGUACCUCCUGUACUUUUUCGGAAGUUCGACUGUUUAAUGCUUCAAAUGUGAAGUAACCUAAUGCAGUUUUGCUGUUGUGAAACUAAAUUAUUGUAAAUAAUGAUUUUGUGCUAAUGCUCACUAGUUCUUAGGACCAUCAGUGGAAUAAGGACGAACGUCAUGCAGCCAUAUUUUGUAGAAAUAAUUUGAAUACGGUUUGCACCAGUAUGUAGAUAAAUGAUUUUUUUUGUGAUUGAAGCAUCUAAUGUGCCUAAGAUUUUUGCACAGUACUGUAUUCUAAAAUGCAAUGUAGUUUUAAGGGGUUUAUUUCGUUAAAAAUACGCGCGUGCGUGCGUGCGUGCGUGUGUGUGUGUGUGGAGAAUUGAUCUUUUAUGUGGAUUGUGAACUGCAUACAAUGUUUGAAAUGUUUUUUUAAAUAAAGUUAUGAAUUUCUGCCAAUAUUGCUGUCUGUGUGGCA